UGAUUGAAAUAUAUAUUGUAAAUAUUUACAAAAAACUUGUAAAAUAUAGUCGUAAAAUUUAUUAUUAAUUCUGUUUGUAUAUAUAUUCUCAGUAUUAGAUAAAUUAUUCUACUCUUGAUUUAAAUACAAUCUAAGAGAGGGAAAAGAAUAUUGCACGUUAUCGCUAUGGUAGAAGGAGCUGGAUGCGGCGAAUUGCAACAAUUGGUCCAAGAAGAGGAAUGCGAAGAACCACUUAGUCAUGGAGGAGAAGCUACUCCUCCAUCAACACCAGCAAGAUCUCAACGUCCGAGUAAAACUGAAGCACAUAACUCCAAUGUGUCGCAACAAAUACUAUGGGAAAAUAACACACAAAUAUCACCAAUUGUCAGUAAAGGAAGCUCUGGUCAAGGGACAAGUCAAGGUUCUAUGGUUUCCGGUCGACUCGCUAAUACUUCAAGUUAUACUGGCAAUCAAUCUCGAUUAACAUAUUUCAAUGAAAAGGAAAAACAAAGGCCUACUCGACCAGAUCCACCAAGAAUUGCAAGACAGCACAAAGCUUUGGUGCCAUGCAAACACCAUUGCUUUCUGUCAGAGGUUCCUGAUGUUCGCCAUAUGGAACAAGCUUUGCUGCAAUUACUGGAAGACUUUCAUAGUGGAAAUUUACGAGCAUUUGGAAAAGAUUGUAGUAUGGAGCAGAUGACGGAAAUACGAGAACAACAAGAACGUUUAGCCAGAUUACAUUUUGAACUAGGCCAACGACAAGAAGUGGGUGGAGAGCAGUCGGGCCUUCGUCAAUCGAGUGCGAAUAUGCGACAUUUGCUUCAUCGUCUUCAACAAUUGAGUAUCUGUAUAGAGAAGUUACACAGUAAAUAAUUAUCAUUUUAUCACAAUAUGAUAUAUUGUUGUUACAAAAAUUCUUGUAUUUGAGAUAUAUAGACUUAUACCGUUGAAUACAAUUUUUAUGAAAAAUAGUUGUUAAGUAAUAUAAUAUAUAUGUGUACAUAUAUAAAAUAUUUUAUAUUGAUAUAUUCUCUCUCUAGAAAUCGUAAUCUUUAGUAUGAGUGUUAUACAAAUAUAUCAUGUAUAUUUGUGAAAAGAAAGGGAAAAUAAUGACAUAAUAUAUAGAGAGAGGAAUGUAAAUACAUAGGUUUUUAAUAUAAUUGUGAACAUUUUUUUAGUUGUAUUUCUACUAAUUACAUGUACUACAUAUACAAUUAUGUAUGUACAUACAUACACGCAUUAUGUGCAUUUCAUAUAUAUAUAUAUCAAUCAAAUAUCUACAUAUAUGUCAAUAUUCAAACUAACUUGUAGUAUUUAUGACGAAAAUUAAACAAUUGCUAUUUUCACAA